AUGCCUCCCAAAAAUAAUUAGAGUGGCUUAAUGUCAGCAGAUCAGAGAUCAGAAAUAGGUGAUUUUUCUAGACAUACUCCAGCAAGAUCUUUAAUCUAACCACGUAAUAGAUAGAUAUUAGGAACUGCAUCAAGAAGAACAGGAACACAAUCUCAACAUUCACCAACUAGAAUGACAGUGGAAACAUAAGAAGCAGUUUAUUGGGGAACAAACAUUGAUGAGAGAGCUAUUGAGAAAUAAUUUGAUAGAUUUUUAAAAGAGUAUAGAUAUGGAGGAAUGGAAUACUAUAUGAAUUAAUUGAACUAAUUGAAUGAAACAGAUUAAUACAUCUUAAAUGUUGAUGGAAGACAUUUAUUAGAAUUUAAUAAUCAUUUGUAUUAACAAUUAAUACAUUAUCCAGCUGAAAUAAUACCAAUAUUUGAUACAGUAGUAUAGAGAGUGUUUUAUGAUGAUUUUUUAUCAUUAAAAGCAAGAAAUGAAUAGGAGAGAGAGGAGUUUCGAUUACAUGCUUAGAGAUUGUUGAUAGGUAUAAUAAAUUUGGAGAAAAAUGUAUAAGUAAGAGAAUUGAAUCCUAGAGAUAUAAAUAAAUUAAUAAGUGUAACAGGAAUAGUAAUAAGAUGUAGUGAAUUAUAUCCUGAUAUGAAAUAAGCGACAUUUAAAUGCACAAAAUGUGGUCAUAUAGUGGGAGUUAAUAUAGAGAGAGGUAGAGUAGAAGAACCAUUAAGUUGUUAAAGAUGUAGAGAUAAAGGUUCAUAUGAAUUAAUACAUAAUCUUUGUUAAUUCACUGAUAAACAAUAUGUUAAAUUACAAGAAUAACCUGAGACUGUACCUGAAGGAUAUACACCAUAAACUGUAAAUUUAGUUCCGUAUGAUUAUAAUGUGGAUGAUGUUAAACCAGGAGAUAGAAUUAUUGUAGUAGGAGUAUAUAGAGCUGCACCUAUUAGAUAAACAAAAAAUAGAAGAGUGUUAAAAUCUAUUUAUAAUACUUUUAUUGAUGUUAUAUCAUAUCAAAAAGAAACUAAAGUCGAAUAAGAAAAAAAUAAAAAUAUAACUGAAGAAUAAAAAUAAAAAUUAAUGUAUCUUUCUUAAUAACCAAAUAUUUACGACAGUUUAGUAAAGUCUAUAGCUCCUUCAAUUUGGGAAAUGGAUGAUGUUAAAAAAGGAGUUCUUUGUUAACUUUUUGGAGGAACUAAUAAAGAAUUCUCUUAAGCAGGUAAAGGUAGAUUCAGAGCAGAUAUAAAUGUUUUAUUAGUUGGAGAUCCUUCAACUAGUAAAUCUUAAAUAUUAUAAUGUGUUCAUUCAUUAUCAAGUAGAGGAAUUUAUACUUCAGGAAAAGGUUCUUCAGCAGUUGGUCUUACAGUUUAUGUUUCUAGAGAUCCAGAAACUAGAGAAAUCAUUUUAGAAUCUGGAGCUUUAGUACUUAGUGAUAUGGGUAUUUGUUGUAUUGAUGAAUUUGAUAAAAUGGAUGAAAAUGCUAAAACUAUUUUACAUGAAGCUAUGGAAUAAUAAACUAUAUCUGUUGCCAAAGCUGGUAUUGUUAGUUAAUUAAAUGCUAGAACUGCAGUUUUAGCUGCUGCUAAUCCACUUAAAUCUAGAUAUGAUGUUAAAUAAUCUGUGGUUUAAAAUAUUAAUAUGCCACCUACUAUUUUAUCUAGAUUUGAUCUCAUUUAUUUAGUACUUGAUGAAUUUAAUGAAAAAAGAGAUGAAAUGUUAGCUUAUCACAUUUUAAAUAUGUAUUCUCUCAAAGACAAAUAAGAUUAUUUAAAUCAAAUUGAAGAAGAAGGAAAUACAGAAAUUAUUGAUAGAGAAACAUUAUAUAGUUAUAUUUGUUAUGCAAAAUAAAACAUUUUUCCUAGAUUAACUGAAGAUGCAUAAAAUGAAUUAAUUCAAGCAUAUGUCAAAAUGAGAAGUGCUGGCAACUCUUCAAAUACUAUUACAGCUACUCCUAGAUAAUUAGAAUCAUUAAUUAGAUUAUCUGAAGCAUUAGCUAAAAUGGAAUUUAAUUAAAGAGUUGAAAAAUAUCAUGUAUUAGAAGCUGUUAAAUUAAUGGAAAUUGCCAUGAAAAAAGCAGCACUUGAUCCUAUUACUGGUAAUUAUUUUAUUUAAACUUAUAGGCAAAAUUGAUAUGGAUUUAUUGGCAACUGGUAGAUCAAAUGCUUCAAGAGAAUUAGUUUCUAAAUUAAUAGUUGAAAUCACUAAUUUAAUUAAAGCUAAUUUAUCAGAUUAUAGAGGACAAGGUGUCAGAUUUUUUGAUUUUGUAGAAUAAGUAUUUAUUUUUAAUAAUAUUCUAGAUUAACACAUUAAUAUCUGCUUAAACUAGUGAAGGAACUAUUGUUGAUAAGAGGCAGCAUUAAAAAGAAAUCUUAGAAGCUUUACAUUUACUUGAAGAAUAAGGUUUUGUUUAAUUACCAGGGGACAGAAAUAAACCAAAAAUUAAAGCUGGUAUUAAAGCUCUUUAAUGA